UUGCUCACUGAAGAAGAUUCAGGUUAGGCUAAAAGGUAAAAUAAACUAAAGCCGUAAAUAAAUAAGAAAAACGCACCUUAAUCAAAUAAAUAUUUUCAAAUUAUAAGCUACACAAUUUUUUCAUCGAGACAAAUUUCGUUUGAAACAGAUUAAUAAUGUUUCAGAAUCGCUAUUUAAUCCGCAAUUAAACUUUCUGGUAAAUAAAAAAUUGUCGUGUUGACGUAAUCAGUGACAUCAGUUUGAUUGAAUAGGUACAAUCUUUAUUAUGUGCAGCAUACUUUAACGUUAUUAUAUACAAAUUACAAUGUUGUUGGUGAGCGGUGACGGCGACCGUGGAAAAUAAGUUUUUUCCUCCGUAACUAGGUAACGCUAGUUUUGUAGAUUAAUAAUAUGCAAAUUUAUAAUAUCCGUUGUGCUAGUACAUCGGAAGCAAUCAGCUUAGCUCGUUAGAUUGGUGAGUUAGCAUUUUUUCCGCAUAGACUAGGUGAUCCAGUCGCGUUCAUUUAAUCGUCGCUAUGAACGACCCGUGGGAUGUGAAAUCGGUGCGACAGUCCGGACAGUAUGUAUCCUGCAUGAAGAUUAAUGGUGUGCCUCUUCUACCGCCUGUCCUAUCAAAAGAAUGUCGCAAAGAGAUGCAGUACUACAAACUUUUGGCCAAAGAAGUCGAAAAGCGAAUAUCAUUGCUUCAGCCCUAUAUAGCUGAAAGUGAAUCGGAAUCUAGCGAAGACAGGACCGAUGCGCCAGAGAUUCCAGAAUCUGAGGAAAUACAAACUGAAUGCAAAAUAACGAGCGUUUUAAGCGAUGAAGUUUACGAAAAAGCACUUAAAGAAUCACCGAAAGCACAGCCAAAUGUUUGCAAUACGAUAAAUUCUAGUGUCACAGUACUUGAAAGGACGAAAUCACCAAAAUUUAGGAUCGAUUUAAAUCUAAAUAUAAGCGGCACAGCUAAAAAUUUUCUCGAUAAAGACACUGAAACAAUACGUUGUAUUUCGGAACCAGUAGAGCUACCAGAACGGGAUUAUGACUGUAAUAAAGUUAAUGUUAAAAGACAAGCUAUUGAAUUUGAAGAUAUCAAUAACGAUAAAACAGUUGCCAAAUUAAAUUUUAUAAUUGGUUCAGAUAAAAAUGUUGAAGAGCCGUUUCCUGAUUUGCCUUCGGCACAAGACGGACCGCCUUCUCUUAGUUCUAAAAGCUUCACGGGAUCCCUUAACGAUAUACAUACAGAUAGUUUGAAAGAGUCACAAAUAGUACCUAAACUCACCCGUCAAAGAUCGUACACGCUUUUAAAACCGAGUCCGCAACUACUAGCGCAUUUAGAAGUAGAAUCUUUGAACACUGGAGUCGAAAUGAGCUGCAUUUCUAUGAGCGAAUCGUUGUCGAACUUGAGCGCACCAAAUAAAAAACGCAGAAGUUGGGAUUUAGAAACUGCUAAAGUCAAGUGGUCGUCCAUGGCGAUGGAAUUAAAACAAAAGAAUGUAUCAAAAACGUCUAGCCUGAACUGCGUGAACAGAGUCAAUAAUUCAAGAGCUGUGUCCAAGAAACCAUCACAGGUUUCACCUCCGCGUGCUAGAUCUGUGGUUGCAGAAAGACCUGGAAGAAUGAGCUCUAAAUCUUCGCCUAAAUCAGAACCUAUUCAAAAACCAAAAAAAUCACUUAGUCCUGUAAGGAAUAGCGUUAACAUUAAUGCAAUGAAGGAGGCGUCUCCCAAAACAGCAAAACAAAAUGUAGACCCAGUGAAUCAACAACCCCAGCAAUUAAUUUCGGAAUCACAAGAUCCAGCAACAAGAGUAAGGGAACUUUACGAGAAAAUUCAAAAGCAACAAUUACUUCAAAUGGCUAGUUUAGUGGAAAAGCAGAAAAGGGAACAACAAUUGCUUCAACAGGUCUUUGAAGAUCAGAAUAACUUGUUGUACAAGCAACUUAAAAUGAUAAGCCCUAAAUCACCAAUUGAAAUCAAAGAGGAGAGUAAUCAAGAUGUUUCGAAUAAACCAGUUAGUUUAAGUCAGUUGAUCAACCCUAAAUCGCCUGAAAUUAUUUCAUACGAUAGCUCUGUAUCAUCUACUCUUACCGACACAAACAACUACAUCAAUCGUUGCGAAGAUAUAUUAAGACAAAGCAGAGAUAUAACUGGGAGUAUUAAGAAGCAAAAUGGAACAAAAACGCAGUCACCUAGACCUGAUUCGGAAGGUAGUAGAACCAGAACUCACUCUCCAAGUCGCAGGAGUACAUCCAGAAAGCUGAAUUAUGACACUAGCGCGUCGUCUGAUCGCGAUUACGAACAAAUACUGACAGAUCGAACGAACGAUACGAUGGCGGACUUAAACGUCACCUUCCCUUCUGACAACAGCGAAGAAUUCAAUUACAAUAAUACAGUUUUGAAUCACAUGUGCGGCGUGGAAGUAAACGUUACCGCAACUCAUACUCCUAGAUCCAGAGAGGGUGCUAUCAGGAGUAUGGACCAUACUCUUCAAAGUUCGAUGUGCGCAUUACGGAAGCCCAAAUCCAAAAUUAUCAAUAGUCAGCCCACAGCCAGAGAGAGGGCUGCGGCCACGAAGAUUGUUUCGUACGCCAAGGGCUAUCUCGUUCGGCGUCUGAUGAGGACCGAGCGGGUCCGGGGCAUCGUGCAGACGAUCAAGGACGCCCUGCUGUGCGCCCUGCAACUCCACCAGGAGAGGGAGGGCAUCAGGGGAGCGGACGUGGAUCUGCACCGACGGCUCAUACAGCAGAUCACUGCAGCUUGUUACUCGUUACACGACACCUUCAUAACGAGCAGUCCGUCGGAGAGGUGCGCCAUGAUCGCCGCCGAUCGCAAGAGGAAGGCUCUCGCCAACCGCCCCUCGCCCAGGCCCUUCAGACAAACGGACAUCAUGUCGCAAAGCCACACCGGCGCGUUCCCGACUCGCUACAAACGCGCACCCGGAGCGGCGGUCAUGACACAGUCCCACUAUGAGACGUUUAGCGGCCAGUGCACCCCGGGACCGAGGUGGAGCCCCCGGCGUCGGCCGUGGCGCUGACCCGCUCCGCCGCGGACUUGCAUGCCGCGGCUUUUCGCCCACUGUCUGUCUAAUAGAUACGAUCUAUAAACUGAAAAUUUUUUAUAUUUUAAAAUUUACAAAUUGGCUAAUUUAUGUAAUUUGGUCUAGAAGAUAACUUAAAUUGGGCUGCCUUAUUAUUAACUAAAUAUAUUUUAAAAUUGCCAGCUUAAGGUAAGUAUUUUGAGUCAGACGCUGGUAACACUGCAGACAUUUUGAACUUUUAUUAGCAAAGUGACAAAAUGUUGUCUUAAUAAAUGUAACUUUUGAAUAGGGUAAGCUAACAAGGAGCUUUUUUGCGCUUACAAAAAUUUUACACAAAAGAACAAAGUUCAAAACUACCGAUUAUUUUAGUUAUAAGAGUGAGAUAAAUUAUGGUUGUAAAUUAAAUUAUUCCAUUCGCUAAAGCUUCCGAAAGAUAAGUGCCUAUAGUUUGGAUUGUAUUCAAAAAUUUUAAAUAAAUUUCGUGUAUUCGUAAUUUCUAUUUAGCAUAACAAAUUGUACCUAUAUAAAAUGUAUUUUUAUUCUAUUUAAAAAAAAAAACCUUUUUAACUGCUUUAAAUGAGGCCUUUGUAUGUAAUUUUUUUUAGAAUAAGUUAGUGACGUUCUGCAACGUGUGGGUCACUGGGCAGCAGCAGUCGGUGCACUUUGGUGUCUACUGCAGCCAAAAUAAUGUACGAAACAAAUAAAGUCACGCUUAGAUUUAAAAAAAAAAUAUUUUUUCCUGCUCAGCCUGAGGUGAUGAGUAGGUGCGGUAGAUGAUGCUUUUUUAGUUUUGCAAACGGGAACUGACAGCUUAAUCGAUAUGUUGACAAAUAGCUACAAACAAAAUUUAAAAAAUGUAAGAAUUUUAAAUUUCUAUCAAAAUUAAAAUUUACUUAAUUCCUUUUGAUAAGAUGUUUUGAAUUUUUAUUCUAAGCAUUUUCGUUUUAAAUUAUCCAAACGCUCUCUCACUCGGGCUCUCAGCGGGCUUGUUUUCGGAAAGUAACUUUAGUAUAUACACACAACAAGAUCUCUUGAACAAAACAGAUAAGACUUCAAAAUACAUAAAUACAAAUCACUAGUAGUAAAUAGUACUGAUUUUCAAACGACACAAAAAAAAAUGUAUUUCUCUUUUCUAGUCACCCCACCGCAGACUUGAUCUCUCUCGUGUUGUCAUAAGUACUAAAUUAUUGAAUUAUGCUUUCCCAAUAUGUAAGGGUCUAUAAACAAAUACAGCCUCAGCCGAUAAACAUUACUCAUCGAUUAAUGUAAAGAAACAAUCUUCUAAUUUUGGCUCCGUAGAGUGCUCCUUAUCUCUACGAACUCCAGGGCUCAUCAAGUUUUACGAAAAUCUAUGUCAAUUUCUUUUCAAUAUUUACUGUUGAUAAAAGACACAAAUUAAAAUCUUGUCAAAAUAUAAUUUACAUCACUAGAAAUUCACUAACUCGUUAUUGGAGUUUUGUGUCCGAGGCGUAUUUGCUUUUAUACCUAUAUGCAUACUAAAUGUAACCUAAAAUACAAUACUUUGUUUUUGAAAUAUUUUAUAAAGAUUGUUUAUUUUUUUAACGUUUUUUGUGAAGAGAUUCAAAUAAUCAAGUUCUACCUGAACCAUAUGACUUUGGCACUACCGAGCAAGAUGUCCGGAAUAUUUUCGUUAUUAUACCUUUUUACAUAAUAAAUGAAACAAAAGUA